GAGCCGAUAAGAAACACUGUAGACUGUCUCUAUUCGAUAAACUCCCUACUGGCGCAUCUCUUCGCUCAGACCGUGACAGUGAAAUCUAUACCUACCUAAUAACCUAAUAAUGUCGGAGCAACUUCUGCAAUGGUGUUUGGAGCAGUUACAGCACCGGUUCGGGUUGGAAGCGUGUGAAGACAUCGUCAGAUAUAUCUUAUCAAUAGACAGUCCUGAGGAGAUAGAGGAAUAUGUGGGGGACCUCCUGCAGGGCACGGAUGGAAAAAAGAAGUACUUCAUUGAUGAGCUCCUCAGACGGCUGCAAAAGACUCGCAACGCAAACUCAACCACCUCUGAACCCGUUGAUCCCAAAGAUCCAGUGGCACCAGAUUUCCAAGAUGUAAGCAAAGACCUCCAAAAGAAAUCAAAACGCAAAGGCAGAAACAAACCUGAGCCAACGCCUGUGAGUCAAGCUUUGCCUGAGCCGGAAGUGAUCAAGACCCCCAUUGAUCUGGUCAGGGCUCAGGAAAGAGAAAAAUCUUCCUCAACAAAGAAGAAAUCCAAGUAUGUCAACCUAUAUGCCAAAGAGGGAGAGGACCGACUGACCGUUUUACUGCCGGGGCGACACAGUUGUGAUUGCCUUGCUCAGAAGCACAAGCUGAUCAACAACUGCAUCAGCUGUGGUCGCAUUGUGUGUGAGCAAGAAGGUUCUGGACCAUGCAUCUUCUGUGGAAACCUGGUUUGCACCAAUGAGGAGCAGGAGAUUCUACAACGCGACUCCAACAAAAGCCAGAAGCUAAAAAAAAAGCUAAUGGGAGAUCGAGACUAUCUACCCAACCAAGAGGCUAAAAUAAAGGCUGGGUUGGAGAAAGCUGUUCAACAUAAAGACAAGCUUUUGGAAUAUGACCGGAAUAGUGUCAGAAGAACUCAGGUCCUUGACGAUGAGUCGGACUACUUUGCUACUGAAUCCAAUCAGUGGCUGUCACCUGGCGAGCGAGAAAAGCUGAGAAAAAAGGAGGAAGAGCUGAGGGAGCUUCGUCAUUCUUCUCGCAAAGACAGAAAGAUCACUUUGGAUUUUGCAGGCAGACAAGUGAUUGAUGAAGGAAACAACCUCAAUGAGUAUUACAGCAAAUUGGAUGAAACCUUAAAGGAGAUGAAUAGUGGCACCUCAGGAAAAGCUCCACUUCAUGCUGAAAGACAGAGAGAAAGACAGGCUCUCGGUCAGCUUGUCAACCCCAACAUCAUGACGAAGGCACCACAAUGGGUGGAUGUAGGUGGCAAUGAAAACUACAAGAGAAAUACAGAGAAUGUGAAGCCUGUGGUGAAGGACAGAAGAGAAGACGAACGCUGCAAGUUGCGCCUUCAAGACAAAGAGCUUCAGGAAAUGUCUGAUGGGGGUUGGUGUCUCAGCAUGCACCAACCUUGGGCGUCACUUCUGGUUAGAGGCAUCAAGAGGGUUGAGGGACGGACUUGGUACACAGCUCACCGGGGUCGUCUUUGGAUUGCUGCUGCAGCCAAAAAGCCCACGCCUCAAGAGAUUGCUGAAGUUGAAGCAAUGUACCACAGCAUAUACGGAAGAGUGCCCAAUUUUCCAAAAGAAUACCCUACGGGUUGUUUGUUGGGCUGCGUUCACAUGACGGACUGCCUUUCUCAAGAACAGUUCCAAGAGCAGUUCCCUGAUACCUGCGAGGAGUCUGCUUCCCCAUUCGUCUUCAUCUGCACUCACCCCCAGGAGCUUCUGGUGAAAUUCCCCAUGAAAGGGAAGCACAAGAUCUGGAAGCUGGAGAGUCAGUACCACCAGGGUGCCAAGAAGGGGCUGGUCUCUCCGCUUGCAGUGUGACGCAGAGGAGGGAGAGGAGGAGGACCGGCCCUUCUGGAGGGCCACAUUUCACAAGAACAUGGCGUGGGGCUUCACUCUCUGUGGCAUGGUCUGUUGUUCAGAGUGCUUUCUUGACAAUUACACACUUCUAAUCAUGUUUGCAUUGUUAUACAUGAAUCAUGACAAUAAAAUCUGUAUCAGGGAGCGUCUACAUGAUUUCUUGCGGGCUCGAGGUAGAGCGGUCACACACACGGUCACUCCUUUAAUGUGGGACAUCUGUUUCUACACAAACAGACGUCCCACAAGGCAUGCUGCUGCUCCCCUUGAGAUUUCCUUUCUCAUAAAUAAUGUUAGUUUCAUCUG